UGACAAUAAAUCGAGGGUACGUGGUGAGUGGGUGUUUGGUUCGGCAGUAGCACCUUUGCGAACGCCUCUCGGAUCGAUACGCGACCACCGUGCUGUGUUGCAUCUGACGCGAGCAUUUCUACGUGCAAUUUGACGCCGUAGACACCUCUGAAGCAGCUUGCAUCCAUCUGCACUGCAGCAAAUUUCACGUUGUAGACAAGAGGAGCUUCAUCAGCAGCGCAGUAAAAUGAUUCUCCUAUGGUGGGUGCUGCCCGUACCUUGCCAAGCGAUCGCAUUCCUGGCAGUGCUUAUCGCCGCGAGCGCCCUGCAAACGCAGCCGAUGCAGCUUCACGAGCGACGGCGCGUCGUCGCAUCAGUCGCGCGGGUCGAAGUAUGCACGAAAAAGCACUGCAAGAAAAAAGGUAGCUUGAAAACGCUACGCAUCUUCGAGGCGUUGGCGCCGGACGGCGUCGAGGUGCUCACCGCCGACAUGUCGCACACGGAGCACGGCUGCUUCGACGAGUGCACGAUGGGCCCGAACGUCCGCGUCGACGGCGCCGGCCCCAAAGCCGACGGCGGGCCGAUCGUCAACGGCGUGCGGGGCGCCGCGGGCGCCGCGGAGGUCCUCGGCAUCGACGUCCCCGAGGGCUGGGAGCUGCCUAACUGACACAACUGU